AUGCGCGAUUUUUGGGACGAGUACUUCUGGUUACCAGAAAAUAUAUCAUGGACGGACAUGAAAGAUUCGGACUCGAUACGUUACCCACGAGUCACUGAUCUGCAAUAUACUCUUUUGUUUGGUUUUGCUUUAUUGGGUUUGCGUAUAUUUCUGGAAUCGUUUGUUUUUCUACCUAUAGGAUGGAUAGGUGGUUGGAUUUCUUCUCCUCUAUUACCUCGAAUUUGGUCGCAUCUUACUGGUGGAUUCGCUGGCAAAAGUAAGUUCAAACGAGUUGCUGAAUGCGCAUGGCGACUUUGUUUCUAUGUUUGCGCAUGGACAGCAGGCUUAAUAAUAUUAUUGGAAGAGCCUCAGUUGAUGGAUGUUACGGAAUGCUGGAGAGGAUGGCCUCACCACAAUAUCUCACCUACUGUUUGGUGGUACUAUAUAAUAGAAGCCUCUUUCUACUGGGCACUUUUUAUAGGCACGCUCUGCGUAGACGUGCGACGUGCAGAUUUCAUACAAAUGAUGUUGCACCAUGCUAUAACUAUUGUGCUGCUUUACUUAAGUUGGUCUAUGAAUAUGGUUCGAGUCGGUAUCCUGGUGCUCUUCGUCCAUGACGCUGCGGAUAUAAUUAUAGAAACUGCGAAAAUCGUUCGCUAUGCUAACUGGCAAAUCACUUUGAACGUCCUUUUCGUGAUUUUUAUCGUUGUUUGGACAGCUACUCGCCUCGUAUACUAUCCGUUCUGGAUUAUGAGAUCGAUCUGGUUCGACGCUCCGGAAUUAAUUCAGUCCUCUUACCGAUGGGUUAACUUGUUGCAACGUCCAUUAGUUCCACGGUUACUGAUGGUGAUGUUAUCUUCACUGCUGGUCCUUCACAUAUUUUGGACAUACGUUAUACUCAAAGUAGCAUACAAGUCUAUGCAAGGUGGUGAACUUGACGACGUUCGAGAAGGAAGAGAUUCCGAGGAAGAUUAUGUGGACAAAGCCAAAGAUGAAUGA